CCCAAACCGAUCGGCGAAAUGUUAUGAAAACAGUAUAGUUACUAUCUGCAAUAUUAUUGGUAUUCACCAUUCUUAAAUUUAUCAAUGGAAUUGAAUCUUUAUCAAAUAUUUUACCAUGGUAUUCAACCUGUGGUUGAUCCUCAUUUUAUUUGUUUUAGAAAUUAGACAGAGUUACCAAAUCGGCAAAUUUCUAGGACCUGUUAACUAUCUUAAAUCACAUUCCGAUAUUGGCAAACCAUUUAUUAAAAGAUUUGUGAACGGUUGUGAAAUUAAACUUUCUUCCAGGAAAAAUGUCUGCUCUGGACAAUUAUGUACUAAAUUUCCAAGUGAAUGUAUUAAGUUAAACAUUACAUGGUUGGCUCUAGAAGAAACUGGGAUUGGAAAAUUGGAUCCUUUUAGUUUCGAAAAUUUUACUUUGUUAAAAGAAUUAUUUAUUGUGAAAAAUCAAAUAAGAAUUCUAGAAAAUUAUACAUUUUAUAAUUUGAAUAAUCUUGAAUAUUUAAAUCUGGGUGGAAAUCUAAUACAGACGAUUGAAAAAUAUGCUUUUGAAGGUUUAAAAAAUCUAGAAAAUCUUAUUUUAAUUAAAAAUGAAUUAACGACUAUCACACUCUUAGCAGAAGCAUUAGUACCAACAUUGUCUUCUUUGCAGAUCUUAAAUAUCGGGCCUAAUCAAUUCGCAGAAAUUAAAAAAGAUGAUUUCAAUUUACUCAGACAGAAUAAAAUAAAAGAAUUGGAUUUAAUGUUUUGUGGAAUAAAUUAUAUCCAUCCUCAAGCAUUUAAUAUUUUCAAAAAUCUCGAAUAUUUAUCAUUAAGAAUGAAUGAAAGACUUUCUUCAAAAAUACUUUGUGAUUUAUUUUCCAACAUGACAGAUAUUGUUCCUUUAGAAAGACUGGAUUUAAGUGGAAUUUCAGAUUUAAAUAAAGACAAAAAUUUCUUUAUUCUAUUAAAUAAACUGAGACUAAAGACUUUAUAUAUGAAUGCUGUCGAAAUAACCGAUAUCAAAGAUGAAAUGUUUCCAAAUAUGGAUUACUUAGAAGAACUUCAUAUGGACAAAGCACGUGUUAGAAAAAUAGGAGAUUAUGCAUUUAAUCCUUUGAAAGCAUUAAAGUCUCUGUUUUUAGGGAGAAAUGUUUUAAGCGAAAUAACGAAAGGACUAUUAUUGCCUCAUUUAGAAAAUUUAGAUUUGAGCGGCUUUCCUAUGAGCAGCUUGAUGUUAGAAAUUAAAGAUAAUAUAUUUAUGAAUAUGAGCAGUCUGAAGAGUCUCGAUUUAUCAUAUAAAAUUAUAUCCAUUUAUAGAAAUACAUUUGCAGGAUUAAUUAAAUUAGAAAAACUAAAACUUGAAAACUGUAAAAUGCAAUUCAUCGAGCUUGGCUCUUUUACACAUCUGAAAUCGUUAAAAAUGCUAGACAUGAAAAACAAUCAAUUGUUUCAAACAAAUUCAUAUAGUGUUCAAAUGUUUCAUGGUCUUGUUUCAUUAGAAACACUUAUACUAAAUGAAAAUAAGUUAAAUUCUAUAGAUAGUUUAUUUAACAGGCUGUUUAGUUUAAAAUAUUUAGACUUGAAUUACAAUUUGAUCAAAAACAUAAAGCCAGAAAAUUUUUUCAAUCUAACUAAUUUACAAACACUUUAUCUGAGAGGUAAUAUUCUUGUCGAAUGGAAAAAGAAAACGUUUUCUAGAAAUAAAAAUAUGAAUUUUAUGGAUAUAUCUAAAAAUAAAAUAAAAACUAUAUCAUCAUCAAUGUUGAAUGAUAUUAAGAAUUUAAAACAAGUUAAUAUGUCAGAUAAUCCAUUCGUAUGUAACUGUGAACUGCUGAUUUAUCUGAAUUGGGCCAAUGACACUAAUACUACAAUUAUAAACUAUUCUGUAGAUGAAGAUGCUUACAUAUGUCAUGUACCAAUUGAAUUUUCAAACAGGAAACUAAUUUCUAUGCAUAAAACGCUUUUGUAUGAUUGUAAAACAAAAAUCAAACCAGCGCUUCUUGGACUUUUAGCUAUUUUACUCUUUUUGCUUCUUACUGUGGUUUUUGCUGGUUACGUUUAUCGAAGAAAACUUAAGAAUAGACCUUUAAAUUUAGAUAACAAUAAAGAAUUUAUUUAUGAUGCUUUUAUUUCGUACAGUACCAAUGAUUCAGACUGGGUCUUCAAUAUUUUCCUUCCUCAUUUAGAGAAUAGAACAAACGAUCUAAAAUUAUGCGUUUAUGAUCGAGAUUUUGUCGCAGGUAAAGGAAUCAGUGAGUGUAUUUUGGACAGUAUUAAGUGCAGCAGAAAAACCAUAUUGAUUAUCUCCAACCAUUUUCUACAAAGUCGUUGGUGUAAAUUUGAAAGUGAUUUAGCUCAUCACAUUCUUGUAGACGAAGAAAGAGAAGGAUUAUUGCUCAUUAAAUUAGAAGAAUUAGAUACAAAAUUCAUUACUCCACAUAUGAACUAUUUAUUAAAAGCUAAAAUUCAUUUGAGUUGGAAUGAAAAUUUGAACGAACAAGAAAUAUUUUGGAAGAGACUGAACGAUGCAUUGGUAAGACCGCGUUCAAAGAAAAAACGUAGAAGUGCUAUUAUUUAAUCUCUUACAUAAAGAUUUUUAAAACAAUCUUUCGAAAAUAAGGUAUUGUUAUAAUUUUAUUAUAUAAAGUUAUAUAAUUAUAAUGUAAUCAAUAUAAUUUUUAGUAUUGUAUAAAUAUAAAAGCAUUAACAUAAAAUCUAUAUUUAUUAAUACAGGUAUUUCAAAGGAAAUAGCAAUUAUGAAAUUGACGUAUAAGGAAUACAUAGGCUAAAUAUACCGAUUGAUCCCCAUUAAAAAAUAAUGCGCUUAAUUUUUGAGUAAAAUAGUAGUAAAUUUUUCUUACAGAUAGAG